GUGAGUGCGUGCACGGCGGCGAGUUAACUUCCGCAAACUAAUAUGAACCAGACGAGAAAGCUCGGUUAAGUGUUCACAUAUCAUCGUUUGAAAAAGAGACUCGGCCAAAAUGUCGGAUUCAGACGCUGACUCUGAUUAUGACUGUGAGGAAAUCAGCCAGCACAUCGGCUUUAAUUUGAAGGACUUUCAAAACACUGCAGUGAUAACUAUACAGCCAUCAGAUGAAGUCUAUGAAAAAUGGACCCAAAUCCCCAUUGAGGUCAAACAGGAAGCCAACCGGCUGAUGAGACUUAGUGCUUUCUGGAUUCCCAUCCUGCUGCGGCAAGAUAACUUCGGCAUUGUUGUUCGCUGGGCUGCAGAUAUACAUAUAAUCGACCCACAUGACAGGGAUCACAUGAGUCUGAAGCACCUGAGGAGGAUAGAAAUAUUGGAAGCAAUUUUCAGAGCUUUGGAGAGAGGAAGUAUGAAAACGGCCCACUCUAAGCAACUUUUCUGGAUAAGCAAAAAGCUUAACUUGCGUUCCCCGGAGGUUUUCGAGGAUGCUUUACAGUUUUUGGAGCGGACAGGAGAACCUAAUAUCCGCUCGCGCGUCAUGGAUCUGGGCCAUCAAAACGUCCGCUUUGUAGUGCUCCACCUCAUCUUCACAGAGUUUGCUCAAUAUUUGUGGGAAAUGGGUGCCAAAAUCGAGAAGACGAUGACAGAACUGAAAACUCAAACGAGUGAAGGUGACAAAAAGAAAAGUGAAGAAAUGAAGAGGAAGGGAAAUGACUACUUUCAGAACAAUCAGUUUGAAGACGCUCUGAAGUUUUACUCCAAAGCCAUCAAAUGCUACCCUGAAAACCACAAACUGUAUGGAAACAGAGCCCUGUGCUUAAUCAAAUGCAACAAGUAUAUACAAGCGGUCGGUGAUGGAAAACGUGCUACUAUGAUAAAACCAUCCUGGGCAAAGGGUCACUACCGAUUCUGUGAGGCGUUGUACCUCUUGGGAAGGGUCGAAAUGGCAAUUGAAAAAAAUGUUGCAGCCCGGCGUUUGUGUAAAGAUAAUCAAGAGGGACUCAGAGAGCUGGAACACCAACACCGGAAAUUCACUGGAACGGAGGAACCCAUAGAUGAACAGAUACAGAUCAAUGACAGCCCAGACAGCACUGACGGAAUAGAUCCACCGGACUCACCACCACCACCACGGCGUGUAAAAGGUUAUACUAAGGUUACUCUGCCACCACCAACACCAGGAAAACCACAGAGUAUAUUCUGCGGGCUUGUAGUGAAUAUGCCGUCCGAAUCAGUGAAAAAACAAAAUCCGCCAGCGCCAAAGGCAGAAGUCAGCACUAAAGUGUCUAAACCGUCUAAACCACCUAAAAGUGAGUCUGCAAAGAAUGAAAAAGGAGACCCCGCACCAAAAAAGAAAUCAAAGAGCAAAAACGUUCCGUCUGAAGAUGAGAAAGGCACUGAUAGUAAAUCAGAUGCAUGUGAAGAGAAGAAAUCUUCGGUGCAGGACACUCCUACAGAUGCACGUAAAGAGAAGAAAUCUUCGGUGCAGGUGCAGGACGCUCAUACAGAUGCACGUAAAGAGAAGAAAUCUUCGGUGCAGGACACUCCUACAGAUGCACAUAAAGAGAAGAAAUCUUCGGUGCAGGACGCUCCUACAGAUGCACGUAAAGAGAAUAAAUCUUCGGUGCAGGACACUCCUACAGAUGCACGUAAAGAGAUGAGAUCUUCGGUGCAGGACGCUCAUACAGAUGGACGUAAAGAGAUGAGAUCCUCGGUGCAGGACACUCAUACAGAUGGACGUAAAGAGAUGAGAUCCUCGGUGCAGGACGCUCAUACAGAUGGACGUAAAGAGAUGAGAUCUUCGGUGCAGGACACUCCUACAGAUGCACGUAAAGAGAUGAGAUCUUCGGUGCAGGACGCUCAUACAGGUGCAUGUAAAGAGAUGAGAUCUUUGGUGCAGGACGCUCAUACUGCCCUGACCGACCUCCGCAACCGCAACGCUGAGCAGGCCUUCAGCCAGGCACUGGCCUUACUGGAUACCAGUACGCCCAAGGACUUUGGACUUUCCACACUGGAUGUGCUGUUGUUGCUGUACGGCCAUGCGUCCGCCCUGACAGAAAUCGGGCAGCCUGAGGAACUUUCACAAGCGCAAAGACUUCUGGAGAAGAUCAAGUCAUUUGAGGAGAGGAGGUCUCUGUGUCUGGUUUACUACGCCGUUGGGAAGGUGUAUGUCAAAGAGAACAGGUUUGCAGUUGCUCUGAAGCAGUUUUCAGAUUCCCUGCAGAUGGUCAAGAAUCAAAUAACACCGGGUAAACUCACAUGGCCUUUAACAACAGAGAUUGUCAAAGAAACGCAGCCAGACUAUUUCAAGGAAAUUCUGGAGAGUGCUAUAGAGUUGUGUAAAUUUCCGCCUAUUCCUGAUGCCAUUUGUCGACAUGAGAAAUGCCAUAGCCAUUUCAAAACGGAAAUCUACUUCACUGACCCAGAUUUUAAGGGCUUCAUUCAGAUAAGCUGCUGUCAGAGCUGCAUCGUUGAAUACCACAUCAACUGUUGGAAGUCGCUCAAGACAUCGACCUUCUUUGAAAAGAAUGAAAAGGAUUUCCUGCAAGACACGUGUUUGACUCCAGACUGUGUUGGUAAAAUCUGUAAUAUCAAAAUCUACGGUCCAACGGGCCUGGUGAAAUGUAAGUUUGAAGCUGACAUCACUAAACCUCAGACUCCAAAGAAGCCAAAAGUGAAUCAGAAAUGUACAAGUCUGAAGAAGUUAAAAUCAAAGGAAGAGCGCAGACUCAAGAGGAAGCAGCAUAAGCAGUCGUUUCAAGAUAUGCAGACUAUUAAUGAUGAGAUUCUGCUUCAGGAAGAAGACUCAGAAACUCAGAGCCAACAGAAAGCCUGGUUGCUGUACAGGGAUCGAGCUCUGCUACAGAUCAACCAGAACUUGGAGCUGCUGAGGGAGGAAAAAGGCCUCCCUGUGUCAACCCUGACCAGCAGUCUGAAGCCCUGGCUGGAGCUGGACUCGUUGAGGGGCAACGAGAUAGCUGUGAGGAUCCUGAACUGGCAGCAGGAGAAACUGGAGACUCUAGGUCAGAUUGUUGAACUGCUCCUAGAGAGGAAGAACCGAGUUUGGGCUCGUGUCCUCAUCCAUCUACUGUCUGACUGUCUGGAAACAAAUCCCAAACUGAACAACUGGGCUUGUCAGCUCAAUGAUGCAGGUCUGAAUGCUGCCAAAUCCUUCAUUGACCGCAAUGCCGAUCACCUGGAGCAGCUGGAUCUGGCUCUUUUGCUCAACUUUGGCCCAUUGCAGGAGUUGAUUAUAGAGAAACUUGGUACAAGGCCUGAACUUUUUUCAAGCAUUGGCUUGACUGUGACUGAAUACCUAAAACAGGCCACACCACAUGACAUGAGACUGUUUAUCUGGACCCUAGAGGAGCAUAGGGAUAUGUAUGAGUUGUGCCACACCAUACUGGAUGAGUAUUUUGAUAUGAUGGAUGGACAUUGUUCAGUCCUAAAAAAGUCUGAUGAAAAUGAAAAUAAUUCUCUGAUGAAGGCUAAGAGUCGUGGCCGGAAAAAGAAACAGAAAGAGCCAAAGGGGGUUAUUGUUUUGUCUGGGAUGAGAGGUUUGACUCCAAGAGACGAUAGGGACCAAGACAUUUUUGAAGAAGACUCUUUAUCAUUCCUUCAUCCUGUUGAUUCGUUCAGCGUACCUAGUUACCUUCGAGAGCAAGUGGACAAUUUUGAAGAGCUGUACAACAGCACCAGGCACCAAGAUCACUUUAAAAAAAUUUUGGACAACAACCCUGACCAAACAAAAGAGACCUUGUAUGACUAUUUUGCUCAGAUCUUGGAAGAGCAUGGCCCCUUGGUUGCUGAGGACCCCCUGCUGGUGGGUGAAGUUGAAAAUUUCCCUCCUGUGGCUCAGUUGAAGAUCCAAGAAACGGGCAGCUUUGAGAACUUCCUCCUCGAGUCUCUUCGCUUCAUAAAGAUAGGGAGGUGUAUCGGUCUGGCUAAGCACGCCGUUUGCCUACAGCAGGCUGAACAUGGAUCCAGCCUGGAUGACCUGGAUGACUUAGGGGAUCCUGACACAAACUCUUCACCUGCUGAUCUGCUUGCAGCUUGUGAUCCAGAGAUCACGAACUAUCUGAACAAUUAUUCAUCUGCAGAGACUGAAGUCUAUCCUGUCCUCCCAAAUCCAUAUGCAUUUAGCUCUGCUUUUGAUCCCUUAUCCGUUUGGACUAACAGCAAAGACCUUGACAGUCAACAGCAUGGUGUUUACUUACCUAAUGUUUAUAAGAUGCUAUAUCCCUCUGGCAGUGAGGUAGAUGUUGGUGUUUGGGAAACAGAUUCAUCUUCUGGGGGAAUUGCUUCAGUGACGAGUGAGGAACGCUUUUUGAUGAAAGAUGAAGCAGUGCAGACGUGUCCAGAGACCAUGAGGAGUGUAGCGGUGAAUACAGAGCCUCAUGAGCCUUUUGAGAAGGGUCAUGGUGACAUCCACAAAAAAGAAAAGAGCAACAAAGAGUUGAAGGAGAAGAUCAAUGAAAUGACAAAUGGCAGUAACAAAGUCAAUCUUAGGCACAAAGAAGAGAUCAACUCAAUCGAGGAAGAGACACGAAAGAUCAAUGUCAACAUUCAAGUGACCAAUAAGGAGCUGUCACUGCUCCAGCAGAAGUUGGAGGAGGAGGUGAGGAAGGACCAGAAGGAGAAGAAAGCCAACCAGGAGAUGCUGAAGUCCAUAAAGCUGGCGAUAGAAAAGUUGGUGGAGGAGCGAGGGAGUCUCACCCAAAACAUCAAAGCAAAGAAAACCAGUUAUGAAGCCAAGCGGAGUAAUUUCUCAGAGCUGAGCAAUCAGAUAGCUGCUGAGAAGAUGAGUCUGGUGGACGAGAUCAAGCGACGUAGAGUCUUGUUCAAAUCGGCCAUCAAGAGAUCUCGUACAGCUCAGCUGUUGAUCAUGGAGAGCAGCCGGGAUCAGGGACUGUACGGCCUCUACAGAGAUCUGGCAGAUGGCAAAGCUUUACUGACCAAACUGGAUGAAAUGGUACACAGAUUUCCAUCUCAAGAACUUGAAAGUACAAGAAAGAGUUGUAGAGGCAACGUCCAAGAUGUUGAAAAGAAAAUCACCACUGCUGAGACGCAGUACAAGGAGCACAUGGAAAAAGUGAAGAAUGGCAUUAAGCCACUUUCAGUCAACAACACCAAACAGCCUGUACCGUCAGUUAAACCGCUAUCGGUGGCAGCCAAAGAGGUUACUCCUCCGUCUUCAGCAGCGGCCUCUAACAGAUCUUCCCCACUCAUCCAGCAGUCGGCUCUAGCUGCAGCUGAGGCACCCACCGCUCCACCUCAGAAGCAACACAAACAUCCGACCAGGACACCGGAGCCUCCACACAGCACUGUGUUUGACAAGGCCAUGGAGCGUCUGUCCACCAUGUUCCCCGACUAUACAAGGUCGGACUUGAUGAAGUUUGCUCAAGAGCUGCGUUCAUCCAGCGGGGGAAGUCUUAACAGCAUGACGUUGGAGGGAGUGGUCGGUGGAGUGACGCAGCUAAUCCUGGACCAUCAGGAGAAGCUCAUUUCUGCCAGAUCCAACGCCAUGGGGCGUGGGAGUCCAGCUCAUAGAGCUACGCCCCCUUUGGUAAACCAGCCCCCGGUCUGGCAGCAACUUGGACACCACAAAGUCACACACUUUGACGCAUUGAACAUGGAGGAUCCCUGCAUCAUUUGUCACGAUGACAUGAGUCCAGAUGACAUGUGUGUGCUGGAGUGCAGACACAGCUUCCACAAAGAGUGUAUAAAGUCAUGGCUGAAGGAGCAGAGCACCUGUCCCACCUGCAGAGAUCACACCUUGCUGCCUGAUGACUUUCCCGUGCUGCCCGGCAGGAAACGCCAAGCACCGUAAUGUCUUAAUCAUGUUCUCUCCCUAAUCUUUACUACUUUAU